UUUUUUUCCUUUUUUUUCUUUUCAUUCACUUGUAAAAAAAAAUAGAAUAAAAUAAAAUAAAGAUGUCAACAAACACUUCUGUACCUAAAGAGACUUCAAAUAAGUCUGAAGAUAUAAAUGUAGAAAAUGAAACUUUUGUUAACAAAAAAGUAAGUGAAGAAGAAAAGGAAAUGCUUAAAGAAGAUGAUAAGGAAGAAAAGGAGAAAGAAGAAGAUAAACCUACUGUUUUGGAUAAAAAUGAUAUUGAAGAAAAAGAAGAAGAAGAAGAAGAAGAAGGGAAGGGAAUGGAAGUUGAGGAUAAUUCAAUUCCUACUCAACAAAAUAAAACGACUCUCUUAGAUACGCCUGCUACUACAAAUACGACUGUUGAACAGCCAUCAAGACAACGUAGUAGUUCCAUUACUCCUGCAGCUUUAUUAGAAUCUACUUUAGACAGUUUAGCUUCCUUUUCUUCAAAAAUAAAUCCUCUUACUCAAAGAAUUGGCAAGGGAUUAGGACAAGUGAGACAGUAUGCACAAGAAAAAUUGGGUACAGCUGAGGAUAUUACUGAACUGCCUCAAGAAUACAAGGAUUUGGAAAAGCGUGUAGAUACCUUUCAACAAAUUCAUCAAAAUUUCCUUAAAGUCACUAAAACUUAUAAUUCACCCGCUUAUGAUUAUCCUCUUCAACUUCAAGAAUCUUUGAAAGGAUUCACAAAUACUGUGACUAACCAGAUUCAACAACUAACAAACAAGUCCGACCAACAACGUGCACAGACAUCAUCGGACCAUCAUCCUAGAACACUUUCUCACGCUGUAGGUCGUGUUGCCUUGGAAGGAGCUGCUGAAAUAGGCCAAGAUGAUGCAUUUGGUGCUGCACUUCAAAAAUUAGGUGAAACUUCCAUUAUGUUGGGUAAUGCGAGAUUAGCCAUGGAUCAUGCAAUUGUGUCCAAAUUUAAUACACCUCUUUUGGUAUCACUUAAAACGACAUUUGAGAAUACGAAUAAAGCAAGACGUCAAGUUCAGAUCAAAAGGUUAGCAUUAGACGCUGCCAAGACAAAUUAUAGAGAAUCACCUACAAAUAAAUUAGACUCAGCUCGAUUACAAGUUGAACAAGCUGAAGAUGAAUUUAUAGGUGCAGUAGAAGAAGCGACUCAUUUGAUGAAGGCUUUAUUAGAAGACGUAAGUGUGGAUGUGGAGAAUACAAGAAGAAAUAGAUUUUUAACAAAUUAUCUAUUUAUUUUAUUUUAUUAUUUAGCCCGAGCCUUUCCGUGAUUUAGCAGACUUUGUCCAAGUUCAAUUAUCUUACUUUAAAGAAGCUCAAGAAUUAUUUUCAAAUUUAGUGCCUGAACUUGAAGAAAUUAAAAUGACUCAAGAAACAUUAUUUCAUGAAAAUAAUCAUCAGUCAUAAGCAGCCAUUGUAUCACGUGUACUUGUUGAAAUACAUCAUUUAUUUAUACAUGCAUAUACAAAUAUAUAUUUUUUUGUGUACUCGUCUUUUCUUUCUUUCUUUCUUUUUUUUUGAAUUAUGUUUAAAGAUAAUAAUAAUAUAUUAAUGCCAACAAAAGAUAGCAUCUUAAAG